AUGGCCGCUGCUGCGAACGCGCCGCGAGCGGGCUGGCCACGCACCACGCCGGCUGCGCGCCACGCGCUGGCCACGCCGGCCGCGCACCACGCCGGCCCUCUUGGCCGCACUGCAGGGGGCGCCGAGCUGGCCGCGCCGGGCCGCCGAGCCGGUGCCGCGCCGAAGCCGCGCCCACGCAGGGACCGCGCGCCCGCGCGCCCGCGCAGAGACCGCGCGCCCGCGCAGGGGCCACGCGCCCGCGCCGGGACGUGCCCGCGCCGGAACCGCGCCCAGGCCACCCGCGUCGGGCCGCCAGGGCCGCCGGGGCCGCCGGUCAUGUCGCAGGCCUGGUCAUCAACUGCGCGCUCUCGGUGGCGAAGCACAGCUAGGGAUGUCGUAGAACCCAGACCCCUUGCUGUUGUUGCUGCAGGAACUGUGCCCAUUGGCGUUGAUCUGGAGGCGCCGAUCGAUGAUGUGACCGGGUUGCCGUUGAUAAUGUGCCCGGAUUGCAAGGAUGUGAGGGUGUUUGCUGCUAAUACCACGUACUCCAAUAACGUUGGAAAGAGAUUUUUCAAGUGUCCUAGGAAGAACCGUAGAAAUGGGACAUGUGAUAGGUUUUGGUUCGAGGAAGAAUAUUUGGUGUUCCUUCAGGAUAAUGGAUAUCUACCGUCAGUAUCCUCCACCAUUGCAGCAGGUUCAACAACCAAGGUUCCUAAGCUCAUGGGAAAAAUUGACAGCUUAGAGCAAAAUCUGAACAAGGUGACGGAAAUGGUUAGCAAGAACAAAGAUGGCAUGGGAAGCUUGAUUUGUCUCGUGUGUGGAUGUGUGAAUGUAAUAGUACUCCUGGUGUUUGCCAUCUUCUUGGUUGUAGCUUUUGUGUUGAAUUAG